AUGUGUGCCAUGCUUCCAUCCCGCAUCCUCUACAAAGGCCCAACUUUCCCGCUUUCUGGUCCUCUCGUUGCAUCCAUCAAGCUGACAAGCUCGGCGACCUCUUCAUUCAUCUUGCUCCUCUGCCCCAUCUGUGCACAAACAACUCUCGCCAUGUCGUCCCAAGUACCUUUGACCGCAAACUCGAGGGCUAUCCUCGAGCGGAUGCUGUCUAGACCCGAGAGUGUCCUCCUCAGAGCAAGUUGGGCGCAAAUCGAUCUCAGCCGACCCGCAGAACGGCACUUGGUCGUUGCCAGCUUUCUCUUGUUGACGCACUACCUGGGUGUGCUGUAUCUCGUCCAAGGGAUCGAAAUCAACGUCGAACUGUUCCUCAGGCUCUUGCCAGCUUCCGCUGCGGCAUGGUGUCGACGACGCCUCUCUCGCAUUCGGUCAGAAUGCACCCCAUCUGAACCCGAGAUGGAAAGCAUGUUUCAGUAUCCCUUCCGCACGCCUCAGGAGGUUCGGAUACCGGUACGCAUAUUGUCCGAGUUCGACUGUUUCUACACGCCGAUCUCCGAGAGCUACCAGGCCGUCAUCUGGUCUGUGCUGUCCCGGGUUCUCUCAAUGAUCCUGCCACGUCCGAUCAGACCAUAG